GCGGGAGCGGCCGCCGCUAGCUGCGCUCUGCCCGGGACGGACGCCGGACCGCCCCGUCACGUGCGCCCAAGUCCUCGGCCGGCCGGGGCAGCGCCGUUCCCAUGGUUCAAGGCUGUUGAUGGAGAAGGGGGCGGAUGACAGCCGGGACAGUGGUCAUCACUGGGGGCAUCUUGGCGACUGUGAUCCUGCUCUGCAUCAUCGCCGUUCUGUGCUACUGCCGGCUCCAGUACUACUGCUGCAAGGAAGACUCGGAGGAGGACGAGGAGGAGCCUGACUUCGCCGUGCACUCGAACCCGCCUCCGCUGCCCCGCGGCCACAGCCUCGUGCUCACCAACGGGCCUGCGCUCUACCCGGCUGCCUCCACCUCCUUCAGCCAGAAGACCCCGCAGGCCCGCGCCCUCUGCCGCAGCUGCUCCCACUACGAGCCGCCCACCUUCUUCCUGCAGGAGCCCGAGGACGAGGACGUGCGCAACGGCGGCCAGCGGGUGGCCUACCAGAGCGUCGGCCAGGAGGACGCCGAGCUGCCGCCCGAGGGCUUCGGGGGCCUGCAGGCGCUCAACCCCAACCGCCUCUCAGCCAUGCGGGAGGCCUUCUCCCGGAGCCGCAGCGUCAGCACCGACGUCUGAGCAGCCCCGCCCGCCUGGCCGGCCCCCAGACCAUGGCGGGGUCCCCGGGCCUGGACCAGGGCUCGGCCCAGCCCUCCCUGCCUCUCUAUCCCCAUGGGGGCCGGUCCGGGAGCUCCGAGGCGCACUGCAGGGGUAGGGCCCAGUGAGCACGGGGCGGGCCCCUGGGUUUGGGGUCGCGGGGCCUGGGGCUCGAGGGCAGGUGGGCACAGGCGCAUCCCAGGUGUCAGUUGGCAGGGCGACGCCAGGCUCCUGACGCCGAAGCUGCCAUCCUGCAGGGGAAGUGGCCUCCACCUCCUCCCCAGCAACUUGGCCAUCGCCGGCUGUGAGACCGGCCCUGGCCACCCGUCCCUGGGCCUCAGCCGCGAUGCCAUGGGCCGGGAGCACAAGCCCUCCCGGGUGAUCGCAGACCAAGGAUUCAGGCCCAGAGCGGAGUGGGGAGGGGCACCCCCGCGCUCUCGCUCACACGCGCAUCCUUGGCCUCGGUGUCAGGCUGCUGGGACGUCCUCGGGGCUGGCCUUCCUGCAGAUGUCCUAGCCAGUGUCAGGGGCAGCCUGGCCCUUGGGAUUCACAGCCCCAACUGGCUUUUUGGAGAAAGAGGGAGGCACAGAGGGAGGAGGAGGCCACAGGCCAACCACCUGCUCCGGGAGCGUCUGCACCAAAACACGCCCCCCAUUCCGAAGCCCAGGCGUGGGGGGUGGAUGGCAUGGAGAUCAGGACCUAAGGGACCCACUUCCCCCCGCUCCCGAGGCCUGCGACAGGCCCUCCUGCCCGCUGGGCCUCAGCACCCAGAGCCCUUCAUGCUCUGACCCCCAGGGGAGACCCACCCGAACUCUCCCACCUGGCCCGUUUCUCAGGAGGGUCUGGGAGCAGGGCCCGGCUCCUGCUCCCGCUCCACGUAAGACCUCAGCUGAGCCCGCUCUCCACCAAGCUCCCAGCAGGGCUAAGGGCUCCCUGGGGGCCCCCUCUCCGGCUCCCUCCCUCUGCUGGGGAAGUGAAGCUCCAUGGCCACCCCAGAGAAGUGGCCAGCCAGAAGGCAGCUCCCCCCGCCCGGCCAGAGGUGGGGUCUCCUGCACAGCAGGGCCCCUGGGGUAGACCAGCUGCUCGCGGCCUGCAGGGGCGCUGGGCUAAGCCACCUUCCUAAAAGACAAAGCAAUCUUUGAGGGUCCCUGAGCCGAGGACAGCCGAGCACCUGCGUCUCUCCCAAUGCCCCAGAGUCGUCUGGACUUUGGCCGUGAGCAGAGGGAGGGAGGGCCUACUAGUUCCAGCUUCCUCCUUUCAUUCUCCUUCCUUUCACCUCCCGCCUCCGUUUGGACGUGCUAAGGGAAUCCGGCCCCAGCGUCCCUGCGGCCCCAGCUCUCCCCCUUUGUGGAACCCCAUGAGUUCUUUGUGCGCGUCUGCUUGGGGGGUGGGCUGGGGUGGGGGGCGAGCGCCGGGAGGUGGCACUUCCGUGGCUGUUCUGUUCCGGUUUCCUGUUUCCCUCUCUGGUCUCUGUUCUCUGUAUAGAUUCAUAGAUCCACUUAAGACGAGUCGCACGCCCAUCCCUGUGCGUUCACGCAGCUGCAUCGUGGGGACCCUCGGGGAGCCGCGUGCUCCCUAAGAGAAAGCCAAUAAAGCUCAUCUCCAGCACCGCCA